CGUGGCGGGGCUGGCGGCGAGGGUGGCCGGCCUGGGCGGCGUCUCUCUCAGGCCAGACCUUAUGCUGGUGAGCUUGGUGUCCGUGCUCUCACUCGUGGCCAGGCACCUCACACCCCUCUACAUCAUGGUCCGGGAGCGCACCUUCAUCGCCGUGAAGCCCGACGGCGUCCAGCGGGGGCUGGUGGGCGAGAUCAUCAAGAGGUUCGAGAGUAAGGGCUUCAAGCUGGCCGGCAUGAAGUUCAUGCAGGCGAGUGAAGAUCACCUUAAGAAACACUAUGCUGAUCUAGCUGAUAAGCCUUUUUAUCCAGGCUUGUGUAAGUACAUGUCGUCUGGCCCACUAGUAGCCAUGUGCUGGGAAGGUACUGGUAUAGUAAAGACAGCUCGCACCAUGAUGGGAGAGACCCGCCCAGCAGACUCCAAGCCUGGUACCAUCCGUGGCGACUUCUGCAUUGAAGUUGGCAGGAACAUCAUCCAUGGCUCUGACUCCGUUGAAUCUGCAAACAAGGAGGUUGCUCUAUGGUUCAAGCCAGAGGAACUUGUCAGCUGGACACAAGCCGAGGAGACCUGGAUCUACGAGUAAGACCUGAAGACUAGACAGGGGAGGAAGGGAGCUUUAUUACUUCCAUGAGGUGAUGUGAUAUGGCACUUUUGGCUUAGCUCGCCGUCGUCUUACAUCUUGCCCAGUGCCGUUCACCUGUUGUGGGACUAGUGUCGGGCCCCCUUCUUACCCGUGCUUAUUUAAUAAUAAAACUUUUAAUUUGA